AUGUUAGGCAAUUUACUGAGAAAUAAGACGAGUUCGUCUGGUUCUGAGAAGAACUCAGAGCAUUCCGAUUUUUCCUCCGUAGUGCCCAAUGUCCCUGUAUAUUGUAAAGCGGCGAGCACAGGAACUACUAAGACCGCUGUUGGAGCUCUUUUAGAUACUGCAGUCAAUGUGGAAAAGCACUCGGAGAUGCUAUCGACAACCUCCCCGCCCAUUUUAGAUCAUAUAUCGGACGAUUUAAAACUGAAGCUUUUCGGCUCUAGGGAUAUUCCUUAUAGUCGUCCCAUCGACACACUGCAAAAAAAUGGAGGCCUGAGUACUGAUAAAGUCACGUCCAUUAAUGAGAAGACGUAUGUAUUUAGGAUAUUGAUCAUUGAAGAAGCAGGUCAAAUGGCGUGUAGGAACAAUUAUCGUGAUAUCUUCGACUACACCACGUCAAAAGUUUCAAAUUCGAUGGAGCAAAUACGGCCAAGUGAAUUGAAAGAAUAUAUAUUUGGUUCUCCUGUGAGAGCCUCGGAUUUGACGCAAUGCGACAAGAUAAGGACCAUUCCUAACUCCGAUUUGGUGCUCAUAACAAGAAUUUUCUAUUAUACGCACCAAUACAACCGCAUAGCAAUUAGCUUAUGCAUACCCAAGAUAUUAUUGCCCGUGGUUGCAGAGUCAUGGUCUUGUAUUUCAUCAUGGUUGACCCAAACCCAAAAAAUGCUCAUUGGUUUCUUGACUAAAAACCGUAUCAUGCAAGAAAAUACUGGCAAUUAUGGUAAUAAUUCAGUUAUAAAAUUGUCAAAUAUUGACAUCAGAACGCAUUAUCCCAAGGAAAUUGAAAUUAUGGUUCAAACCUUGCAAAAAAGAGUCAUACCAUGCUUACGUUCUAUGUCUGAAAUUCCUAGGCUUUUCCUUUACCCUGAGAAAUUUAAAGAAUUCGUUCACGUUUGGUUCAAAAGUAUAUUCAAUUGGAUUGAAAUCAAAGAUGGGCCUAAAUUAGGUUUCCUUCCCCUUCUAAUGGCAAUGGUUAUAUCCGAUUACAGGCACACGAUAAAGGAAUUGAAGACAUCUAAGAUCGUCAUUCUGUCAGGAAACAUGGUCGUUGCUAACAAAUUACUGUUCAUCUUAUCGGCCUUAUUGGAACCAAAGUACGAGGGACAAAUAACGAUACGGCGGGAAGAUAUAACAAUAGAUUCGUCUGCUGUAUCAAGAAACAAGUCCAAUAACAAUUUUGUCGACAAAUCUGAGACGGAACUGAGCACAUUAACUUCAACUGACAAUCUUUUGAGUCGUGCAGAGAAUAAUAGUAAUCAUAAUGUUUACAACAGUAAUGUUAGUACUAACAGCAUCGGAUCUCCCAAUUUCCAUUCUUUAAGAAAAGGAUGGCAAAUUCCCAAUCGGAGGAACUCAAAUACAUCUGUGUCUGUGUCUUCAAGCGAGUCUUUGGCGGAAGUUAUUCAACCAUCUUCGUUCAAAAGUGGGAGUAGUUCAUUACAUUAUCUAUCGUCAUCUAUUUCAAGUCAACCUGGUUCAUAUGGUUCUUGGUUUAACAAGAGACCAACAAUUUCUCAGUUUUUCCAACCAAGUCCUUCUCUAAAGCAUAACGAGUCAUGGGAGAGGCUACAAACAACUGCUGGAAAUUUACAAAGGACUUCAAGUUCGUCUUCUUUGCAACAAGCAACCUCUAGGUUGUCAUUAACCACUCCCCAGCAAUCACCAUCAAUCAGCGAAUAUGACGAAUACCCUUGGAUGGGGACACCAGGCUCUCCAAAUGUUGGAGAUGCCUCUCACGGACUACCCUUGGUUAAAAAUAUAUCAUAUAAGUUUCCGCUUAAGAACGUUGAGUUGAAAAGAGAUUGUCAGAGAAUCUCACAAGAUGAUCUUUUGGAUGAGGCUUUUGAAAAAAUCUGUCAGCCUUCUUUGAGCGACCUUGGUUCCACUUACGAAAUUUUUCCAGGUAACUCUUCAUAUGCAGAUAUUUUGACUACUGAUUCUGAUGUUGGUGACGGUUUGAUGAAUAAACCCUUGGAAUUAUUGCCGAAGUAUACAAUGUACUUGACCCAUUUUAAUAAUUUUUUUCAGUUGCAAGCAUGCCCUGUUGGUCAAGAAUCAGAGAGUAGAAUUACGAAUUCUAUGAAGAUUGACCUGCUAAAGGCGGAUUACACAAGAAGCCUACUAGUUUCGUUACGUUCAAGGGACAUCAGGGAUGUGGCAUUGAAAAGAGAGUUUACUGGCAAUAAUAACAAUAAUAGCAACUGCAGUAUCUAUGAUGAAAACUUCAUUGGAAAAAGGAAGUACGUAUUGAAACAGAAGACCAAAAAAAUCUUUUCUUGUGGUAAGAUUGGUAAGUUAAGUACUAGUUUGGAAAACUGCGUUAAUUUUGUCGAAAGUAGUAUAAAGAGUGCAAUGAUGUUAUAUGAUGAUAAUGGAAUAGAUGGUGAACUCCGCGACUCAGAAGCUUUACGGAUUUUUUCAUCCCUUAUUCAUUAUUGUAGUACAGGUUAA